AUCCUCAACUCACCAACUCACGCUUCCAAAUAUCCCCAUACUCAUCCCCCAUGACCCUCGACCUACCCCCCCGCCAGAAGUCCCAGCGCCUCCGCAGCCGCUCGCGCCACAACGCCCAGCAGCUCCGGCUCCAGUCCUACCUCAACAAAUCCAAAACCAUCUCCUCCAUCAACGAACUUCUCCCCGGCCUCAACGACAUCACCGACGCCUUCGAAGCUCUUCCCAGCGACAUCAUCAAGUACUUCACUCUCUUGAAGGAAAUCGACGCCAAGUGUAUAGGCACCGUCCCGCUCAUCACCUCCAACAUCAGCCAGUACAUUGACGGUCUUCACCAAUCAACAAGUCCAUCCGCCACCACCAAAGCCGCCCAUCUCCUGUUAAUUCGGGACCACAUCAGCGAUAUCAUCCCGUGCUUAGAGGAAAAGAUGCACGUGACCAGCAUUGCCACCGACGUGGUGGAAAAGCACUUGUUCCGUAUCAACAACGAUUUCAAGCUCAUCAUCAACAACAACGAAAUCCCCGAACUGAUUCGAAUUGGGCCCUUGAACCACCCGGCCUUGAUCAUGGAUGCCACCGCCAACGACAACCCCAACCGGCUGGCGCAGAGCUCCCGGCUGGAGACUCGUCGUGAGGCGUUGGCAGCCAAGAAGCAGAGUAAAGACGACGACUAUCUGUACGGAGUGGUGGUGCCGCGGCGCGAGGGCACGCCGUCUGGUGACGGUAAGAAGAAGAGAAGCCGGAAAGAAGGGCCCACUGCGACGGUGCUGGCGGCGGUGGUAUCGUCCAACCCGGCGUACGCGGCCACCGCCAUGGGAUCGCCGCUGCGGUCAAUAACGCCGCAACCCAAGAAGAAGAUCAAAGUCACUCGCGAAGAGUCUGCCAACGAGCCUACGUACUGUUACUGUAACCAGGUAUCAUUUGGAGAGAUGGUGGGAUGUGAUGGUGACGACUGUAAGCGGGAAUGGUUCCACUUACCGUGUAUUGGGUUCAAACACCCUCCCAAGGGGAAAUGGUACUGUGAUGAUUGUGUGAGCAAGCAGAAGAAGAUGAAGCGAGUUUAAUCAUGGACACACUGGAUCCACAACCUAGUACACAAAUACAUUAGUUCACAAAUAGCUUAGUAUACAAAUAGCUUAGUUCACAAAUAGCUUAGUAUACAAACACCUUAGUAUACAAACACCUUAGUAUACAAACACCCCAGAACACCCAACACCAAUAAAAUCAAUCGGCAUUUCCCCGAAAUAUCCCGACGACCGGUCAACCUCAUCGGCAUAGCAACAAAACCAUAAACUUUUGUCAAACUUUAUCCACCAUACCCCAGCCUUGUAGAACUAUGGAUCCUAUAGGACGGCUGUAAUAUGUUCUAUAGUCAAUAAACCGUAAACCCUAACUAUCUACCACCACCUCACCGCGACUACCCCACCCCGUUUGGGCCUAAACUUUUGGCUGCGGCUGGCUCACCAGUGCGCCUGUGG